AUGGGAUACAGUCCUGAUGAGGAUUGCGAUAUAAUUGUUAAGGAUGAUCCUUCUUGGGUGAAGUUUAUAUGUGGAGAUGAGCACACAACCCUUGGAGAUUUAGGGCAACGGUUGAAGAAUUGCAAGGACAUGCCUAAUUGGAGGAGGCAGAAGCUGCAGCAGCAUUCUUUAAGAUUGGUUGGUUUUCCACUUGUGUUGCAGUUAAUGGCCUACCGCUCUAUUCCUUUGUUGUUGAAGAAGGUACCAAAUGCAAACGACGACCAGACAUUCAUGGAUGCAUCUUUUGUGGGACUCUCUAAACUGACUACAAUGUCAAUGAAUGACGUUCUACAAGUUGAGAAUGAUGAAGAGUUGUUAGUCACACCAGUGUUACCACUUGGCCAUGUUGGGGUUGACAAUGAUGGGUGGGGUGAUUGGGAUGAUGAAGACAGAGAUAGGAGUGUUUUGUAUAUGCAACGGCUAAUUAGGACAGGCUUUGUGUUUGAGAAAUCUGUUUGGCCUGGAGGUAUUGCUGCAGUUGAGUACGUACGGGUUAAAGCGAAGAAAACUGUUGUUAAGCAUGUAAAAUAUGUUUUCGACAGGAAGGGUAAGAGUGUUGCUGUAAAGGAGAAGAAGGUUAAUUUGAAAAGUAAGAAGUUGAAGAAGUCCGUCUCGCAAAGGAAACAACAAAAAUUAGAGACUUAUUUUCAUCCAGCCACUCGAGUAUCCGCAAAUUUGAAAGGAUGGAUUGAAUCUCAGUUAGAUGAUGUGAAGAGUGUUUUCCUGAAACAGUUAGCUGAUCAAAAGAUAGAGAUAAAAAUGUUAAAGAAGAAACAGAAGGGAAAGAAUAGGAGAAGUCUUGGUAGGUUAUCUAGAAGUCUACCUAGUAAUUCUCACCGGAGGAAGCGAGCUCGUAAAGAAGAGAUCAUUCACUGCAAUCUUAGUUCUAAUGAGUGGCAAAGUGGCCAAGAAGAUGUUACAAAUGAGAAUGAUGGUGAGGAUGUAAUGGAGUGUCACCAAUCCGCCACGAAUGAUGGUGAGGAUGCAAUGGAGGUUCACCAAUUCGCCACAGCUAUUGAGCAAGACAUCGUUGUUGCACAUGUGGGAUUAACGGCAAAUGAGAAUGAUGGUGAGGAUGCAAUUGAGUUUAACCAAUCCGCCACGAUUCUGGGUGGAGUAGUUGGAGAUGAGGCAAAAUCGGAGAAUGCUAAUGCUCAGUUGGCAGGAUAUAUGUUUGAAAAUGAUGUUGGUGAUGCAAUGGAUGUUCACAAAUCUGGGACACUUCUAGAUGAGUCAGACUUCAAAGACUUCAAAGAUGUGAAUGCUGAGACGGAUGGAAUGGAGGUUCACCAAUCUGGGAUACUUGGAGAUGAGGGUAAAGGAAAGAAGUCAGUUGGAGAUGAUGCAGAAACAAAAGCUGAUAUGGACAUUGAGGACGAGGCUAUGGAGAUGGAUAAUGUUGGGCGUCAAAUUGAUGCUACAGUUUCAAAGGUGUUACAAGACAACCUUCCAGAUGGUUUUUUAUAG